UGCUUCAUACUUAAGCAUCAGUUAGAACAUCGAAGUUAAAAAGAAUACAUCAAAUUUUUAAUUAUAUAAUUUACUAAUUGUAACUAAAAAUCUGUUAGGAUGAAGUGCAUAUUAUUAUUGGCAUCCUGUUUGGGUUUAGUGGCCCUGGUCUCAGUAGCACAAGCUUAUCCUCAACGAGUAUAUGUGCAAAAGUUGCCCUAUUAUCCACCUCCUACUAGACGACCACAAAUGAUUCGUGUAAGACGUGAUACGAAAUUUGAACAAGCUAUCUCUACAAAUCCUCAGGGUGGUCAGGAUGUAGGACUUAAAGCUACAAAAGUAGUAGGCAGUGGAGAUGUUGCCGGUUAUGGUUCAGCUUUUGUUAUGGGCAAUACUAAGGGCGGUGAUGCUGUAAGAGGAGUAAGCGUUGGUGUAGCAAGUCCUAACGCUGGAGUUUCUGUUACCAAAGUUCAAAACUCUAUAGCAGAUGCCUUCGUAAAACAAGCUGAGGCCAACUUAAGAUUGGAUAGUCUCAAUAGUAUUAAUGCCAAAGCAUCACAAAUAGAUACCCGUAUUAAGGGACUCGAUAUGAAACCACAACAGACCAGCGGCAGUUUGACUUGGAAAAAUGAUUUGGGUCUUUCGGCCGGCAUAAGUCGCGACAUUAAUAAGGGAGUCAGUGAUACCAUAACUAAGUCCGUUUCAGCUAAUCUAUUCUCAAAUGAUAAACAUAGAGUAGAUGGUACCUUCUUUAAAUCCAAUGUUGCUUUGGAUAAUGGUUUCAAAUUUGACAAAACUGGUGGACUUCUCAACUACGCUCAUGCUAAUGGUCAUGGUUUGAAUGCUGGUCUAACACGCUUCUCGGGUAUUGGCAAACAGGCUUCGGUGGGUGGAUACUCCAACUUGUUUACCUCAAAUGAUGGUCUGACAACAUUGAAUGCUAAUGCUGGUGCCUCCAAAUGGCUAAAUGGUCCAUUUGGUGGUCAGAAGGAUUAUAGUUUCGGUUUGGGUUUAACUCAUAAUGGUUGGAGAGGUUAAAUAUUUCAUCAUUGUUUAAGAUGAGAUAAUAAAGUAUUUUUUUUGUUUCAAAGUUAAUAAAUAAAAUAAAUUUGAUUAAAAAACGUAUAUUUUUCAUUAACUG